AUGGCUACUCCAACAGCAGGAGGUCCUGGUCGGCCUGCUGGACACGAUGCACAGCAAAAUCAAAUUCCCGAUGGGCCUUUAACCUUGGACGAGACGCGUCGGGUCGCAGAGCUGCAUAGAAGAGACCUGGCCAGUCGAAGAAUUCAAGCGGAACAGGCAGAUGACUUUGACACCACGGACGAGUAUGACGACGAUCCAGCAGAGGCGGGAGAUGACCUGUCAGAUGAGGACGGGCCUAACUGGAACAACGGAGAUCUCCCAGGCGAAAACCACGUCAUGGUCGGAGGAGACAUCGACGUUGAUAUACACGAUGAAGAGCCCAAUCCUGACGAAUAUGAUUACGAAGAAAUGGAGGAUAGUACUCCCGUCUUCGACCCUGCCGCGGUAGGCCUCAAAGAGAUCAACAACCUCGCCCACUUUAGUGUGAGCAGCCACAAGCCGGGAAGCGGCGUUGCAGAGCUCCUGAGUGAUGACCUAGAUAAGUACUGGCAAUCUGACGGACAGCAACCACAUCUCUUGACGAUGCAUUUCCUACGACGCGUGGAGAUUCGCGCCAUUCGCUUCUACGUAGACUACCUACAAGAUGAAUCCUACACGCCGAUCCACAUCUUGUGGUAUGCCGGCACAGGCCACCAUGAUCUGAUGCAGUUUGGGGAGCAGGGGCUGGUCGACCCUCGCGGUUGGCAAGAGAUUAAGAUUGAGGGCUGCGGCGGCGGCUAUGAUGGCAACUCGCUAUGUUGCUACAUUGUGCAGAUGCACGUCAAGGAGAAUCACCAAAACGGCAAGGAUACGCACAUCCGAGGAAUCAAGAUAUACGCUCUGGACGACAAUGCGCCACGAACAAGUGGAGGUGGAGGGGACGAUGCCGUUAGCGCUGAAAGAUCACCCCGCCCAACUGCAACGGGGUCGUCAGCAUCACAGCGAGGUCUUGUAGGCGGACUUGUUGAUGAUGCUGCGGUCGACGACAACAACCCACGAACGCCACAAACCAAGAGAGCCAAACCAGCACAAUCUUCCUCUGUGGCUGACUUGGAAGGCAUGACGGUACCCGAUUUCUUGCGCGAACCUGAGCUUCGCUGA